AUGGCAUUAACUGAUGAAUCUGCUGAAUUUAAACAUAUCAUUAUCAAACAAAUAAAUAGUAACCAUUUCAAAGAAUUUGCUCAAGAAUAUUCUGUUAAUUGUAUCCUUUGUGGAAUAAUUAUUAUCACUGACUUAGACUAUGAAUGUAUUGUGGGCUAUAACCUUAGACAAAUACACCCUGAAAUUGUAUCCAAUACUCUGAUUAAUAAAGUAUUCUGGGAUAUAUCAGAAAAAGUAUAA